CUCUCCCUCUCUCUCUAUCUCUAUCUCUCUCUCUCUCUCUCCGCUGAGCGCGUUGACCAACCUCGUCCACGCGUCAGAGAGCGAUGUCUUAAUAGUCACACAGCCAGAAAGAAAGUAACUUGUGGAGACAAAGGAGAGAGGAACUAUGAAGCACUGAGAUCGCAACGAUUUCCCCCCACCCAACAUCUGGAUUUGAGUUUUUGGAUAGACUUGUAGGAUGCUUUUGUUUUUUUUACAUUUAGUUAUGAUUGUUGGUACCACAAAACAUUUGUUGUGCAGAACUUGAAGUGUGGCAAGAAAUUAUCCAUGAGAACAGAUUCGAGUACAAUAUUGUUUUAAAGGUAAUCGCUAGGGAUUAUAAUUGAUAAAAACGUGGAAAGCCAAUAGAAGCUGUCCGGUUGUGAAGCUCUUUAUCGAGUAUUUUUGGGGUGACUCGCACAUACAGAGGAAUGUUGCCCCGGCUAGAAAAUGUGAUCCAGCUCCUGACGCUGGCGUGCGGACUGUUCUUUGGAGUUGUUUCAACGGAAAACGAAGUAAAAGCAGAGGUGUGGCUGCAGCAGUAUGGCUACCUGCCCCCGGGUGAUGUCCGAGCCCAGGCUAUCCGUUCUCCCAAGUCCAUCACCACAGCCAUCACAGCCAUGCAGAGGUUCUACGGCCUCGCCGUCACCGGCUCCAUCGACAUCAACACCCUACAAGCGAUGAAGAGGCCGCGUUGUGGCGUCCCGGACAAGUUUGGCUCUGAGCUGAAGAGCAACCUGAGGAGGAAGAGAUACGCCGUACAGGGGCUGAAGUGGGACAAACAAGAGGUCACAUUCAGCAUUCAGAACUACACCCCUAAGAUUGGGGAGUACGCUACAUACGAGGCCAUCCGCCGGGCUUUUAAGGUGUGGGAGGCCGCCAUCCCGCUCCGCUUCCGAGAGAUCCCUUACAGCCACAUCCGGGACAAGGUCGACAAGUACGCUGACAUCAUGCUCUCCUUCUCCGAGGGUUUCCACGGCGACAGCACGCCGUUCGACGGCGAGGGUGGCUUCCUGGCUCACGCGUACUUCCCCGGCAACGGGAUAGGGGGCGACACGCACUUCGACAACGCCGAACCCUGGACGACCGGCUACGUCGACCAAGGAGGUAAUGAUGUGUUCCUGGUUGCGGUCCAUGAGUUGGGUCACGCCCUGGGUCUAGAACACUCCAACGACCCGUCUGCCAUCAUGGCUCCAUUCUACCAGUGGAUGGACACAGAGAACUUCCAGCUGCCUGAUGACGAUCGCCACGGCAUCCAGGCAAUCUAUGGGUCGUCCGGAGCGCCACCCCCUCCCCCCCGCCCCACCAGACCCUCCAAGCCAGACCAGCCUGGACUCGGACCAGACGUCUGCGAGGGACACUUCGACUCCAUCGCCAUCCUCAGGGGGGAGAUGUUUGUCUUUAAGGAUAAAUGGCUGUGGCGUGUGCGGAACAACAAGGUUCUCCAGGGUUACCCCAUGCCCAUCGGUCACUUCUGGAAGGGACUGCCACCAAACAUCAACGCCGCCUACGAGAGGAACGAUGGCAAAUUUGUGUUCUUCAAGGGUGACAAGUACUGGGUGUUUACAGAGUCCAGUAUGGAACAGGGUUACCCUAAGACUCUGAAGGAGCUGGGCACAGGGCUGCCCAAAGACAAGCUGGACGCUGCCCUCUUCUACACCCCCACCGGACAGACAUACUACUUCAGAGGGACCAAGUAUUACCGUUUCAAUGAGCAGUCCCAGACUGUGGACAGAGACUACCCCAAACCCAUCAACACAUGGCAGGGUGUCCCCGACAACAUCAAGGCUGCCAUCAUGAGCGAAGAAGGAUCCUACACCUACUUCUAUAAAGCCAACAAGUACUGGAAGUUCAACAACCAACACAUGAGGGUGGAGUCGGGCUACCCCAAGUCGGUGCUCAGCGAAUGGAUGGGCUGUGCAGGGGAGGAGCCUAAGAAGCGGGACGGCAAGGAGGAAGUCAUCAUCAUCGAGGUGGAGGAGGGAGAAGGCGGGGCCACGGCGGCGGCCGUGGUGAUCCCCCUCCUCCUAUUGGUCUGCGUGGUCCUCACUCUGGGAGCCCUGCUGUUCUUCAGGAAGUACGGGACGCCACGACGUCUCCUCUACUGCCAGAGAUCUCUACUGACUAAGGUUUAGAGACACACUGAAUGAACCAAUGACGCAGAGGGACUGAGAGAGAUAAAGUGUCUGAACGAAUUGAAAGAUUGAAAGAAAGAGGGGAGAGGGAGGGACAGGGUGAGGAAACAGAGGAGGAAAGGGGGGUGAAAGAAGUUGGAUUGUGUGGUAAGCAAGAAGAGGUAAUGUCAUGAGGGGUUGGUUGGUUGGAUGUUGGGGUUUGGUCCAUUGGUUGAGUUGUAUAUACCACAGACAGAGGAUGAGAGAGAGAGAGAGAGAGAGAGAGAGAGAGAGAGAGAGAGAGAGAGAGAGAGAAUCUGAAUUAGGAAAGAUGUGUAUUUGUAUGUUACCUAUUUACAUGUACAGCUCUGCGGGUUUGAGAUCUGGACCAGGCCCCAACACACAAAGAGAUGAUGAUGAUUGUGACCAACAUCCUGUGUAGUUGACACCCCAUCUGCAAUACAUCUACUAUCAUGUCCCUCCCUCCAUUCUAUCCUUCUCCCCUUUGUUUUCCUCCCUCUCCUAAAUCCUCCCUCCAUUCUAUCCUUCUCCCCUUUGUUUUCCUCCCUCUCCUAAAUCCUCCCUCCCAUCUGCUUGACGACUCCAGCUGAACCGCUGUCUGAAUUAAAUGUUUCACCCUGCAGUAUAUAAUAUACUUUCUUGUUUCAUUUUUGAUUUCGCUCUCAAAUCAGGCAUGAUCACAAACAAUCAUCUCUCUCCUCCUUGUUUCCCCCCUGUGCUCCAGCUACAGUGGCACAUAGCCACCACAGGAGGUUGGUGGCACCUUAAUUGGGGAGGACGGGCUCGUGGUAAUGGCUGGAGCGGAAUAGGCGGAAUGGUAUCAAACACGUGGUUUAUAUGUGCAUGAUGACAUUCCAUUUGCUCCGUUCCAGACAAUAUCAUGAGCCGCCCUCCCCUCCACUGAUAACCACAUCAGGUCUUAUAGCUGUUGCAAAGGGAAUGUAAUAGGGUGCUCUCCCUACCCAGGGCUGAAAUGAGACAGGCUCAGAAAUGAAGGUCAUGUCAGGAAGAGAGGGUCCAAGAUGGCUGCCGUUUAUACACAUUGACAAUGACAUUUGACCUCUGUAGUAGUCCACACAAAAAAAAAAUGCUUUUCCUCCCAGUUGCCGUACAUGUUUCUCUGUACACCUCUGUUUAAACCAUAUCUCAAAUUGCUCAAGCCCUCAGUACAGAGCCUGGUCCCAGUAAGCAGUCAACGUUGGAUGGAAUUAAAGUAGCCAUUUUUACUCAAUUAAAGCCAGUUUCAAUGUUACUACAAAGAAAAGCGGUGCAGUUAGAUCACAUAGUACCCUCUCCAAAUGCUGAUGUCUUAUCGUGGUCUUUUUUUGUUUUGGUAGCAUCAUUGUAAGAAAUGUUGUUGUUAUUAUUAUGACUAUAGUUAUUAUUAUUGUUGUUCUCCGGGCGUAGUCCUUUGGUAAAUUGUGUUUGUUGUUUUCAUACAUUGUCAUUUUGAGUCCUGCUGGACAGAGGCUAUAACGUGACAAGGGUUAAAUCUAAAUGGAUCCCAUUUUGCCAUUGAAGUGGUGGACUUGGACAGUACAGAGGGGAGGGGGUAUUUUAAGAUUUUGGAAAAUGUUUCCUUUUUUUCGAAACACUUAUUUUCCCAUUGAUUGGUUGGCAUAUAAAGACAAUCAAACAAAACUAUUUAUAAGUCAUUCUGAUGGUGCUUCAUGGUUUUUUUUUGUAUUACACAAAUCAAAUAACAAUAACAACAAUGAUAAUGGUAAUGAUAUUUAUAAUGAUAAUGAUAUUUAUAAUGAUAAUGAUAUCAAAAAAAAAGGGAAUACAUUUUGUUUUGGCCAAUUUUUCAACUUUUUGUAUUUCAUGCAUUAAAUUGAAAUAAAAAAAUAUUUUCUAAAA